AUGGCCUUUCUUCGUGCAUCGCUAAUUGCGUUCCUGCUUGCCGUCGCAAGCGCAGAGGGAACCAAUGGGACAGCCACAGCAAGCUCCAAGACAGAGCUGCCCGUGAACGCAACGAAUGCAAAAGCGGUCGACCCUGUCCCGCCAAUUGCAGACAAGACCGAGGCUUCUACAGCUGGACUGAAGGUCAAGCGCGGGGGCCAAGCGCAGGGCCCCGAUGUUGUCCGGAUCUUGCACAUCAGCGACACGCAUAGCCUCCAUCGAAGCACAGGCAACUUGCCGGAUGCCGACAUUCUGAUUCAUUCGGGGGAUGUGGCCAAGGUCGGUUCAGAAAGCGAGUUGGGAGAUUUCAACGACUGGCUAGGCAGCCUCAAGGGGAAGUACAAGCACAUCCUCGUCAUUUCUGGAAACCACGAUUUCUGGGACACCAAUUGGAGGUUGAACCGCGGACAUAUCUCCAACGAGGUCGCCCAGGAUCCGGCCUAUUUCCAGCACAGGAUCACGAAUGCACGAGUCCUUAAUCACGAUCUCGCCGAGGUCAUGGGCCUGAAGAUUUGGGGUGCCGGCUGGCAUCCUCGGAGAGGAGAUUCCCGGUCCGGAAACAACUAUGCAGACAUCCCAGAAGGUGUUGACAUCGUCGUUACCCACGAGGCCCCGUUUGGAAUCUUCGACAUGACUGGAGGCGGCCAUUGGGGAUCCAGCACGGCACUGCUCGACGCCAUCUACCGCACCAAACCCAAAGUGCACCUCUUCGGACACAUCCAUGAGCAGCGAGGCCAUUGGACCAAGGCGGGAAGCCAGUACCACGGCGGCGUGGAGUACAGGCCCAGUCCCUAUUCUGGACAGGUCUUCCGCCCCAAUGGCCCUCCUCCGCAACACUACCCCGUGGAGGUGGAGUCGAACAACGCCAUGGCCAAUCAGCCAUCCGUGGAUCACAGCUGGACCGGCGUUUGGGCACCUCAGCACAUCGUGGGCGCCGACCUCAUUGGUUGCUCUAAUGCGUGGCAGCCAGGGCUGCCGCAGUGGGACGCAACCUUGAAGACACUAUGGGCAUUCACGAAUCUGAAGGUGUCCGCUCCGGAUGAAGUGGUGCUCCGCAUCCCUCUUCCGAACAAUGUGGUAGGCGGUGACCAGAUGGUCAUGGAGAAGAAUGACAUCGGCAAGUGGGGUAUAAAGCACGUCAUUCGUGGAGAGUGCGACGCAUCUCAACUGAUGCAGUCCGUAGAGUGCCUGCAGAAGACGCCGCAAGACGUCGCACAGGAUCUGUGCCAACCACAUGUCUGCAGGGUUGCACUGAGGACCAGCAAGGGCCUCCUCAAGAUGAGGGUGGUACCUGGCUGGGCCCCAUUGGGUGCACAGCGGUUCUUGCAGCUGGUAACGGACAAGUACUACACAGAUCUCGCCGUCUAUCGCGCAGUGUCGAGUUUCUUGGUUCAGUUUGGCGUCACGGGCGACAUGGAAAGGAGCUCCAAGUACCAGGCCCUGGAAGACGACGAGCUGAGGGGAGUGCCCAUCCUGGAGGGCAUGGUGUCCUUCGCAGCGGCCGCACCGGACUCCCGCGUAGCAACCGUCUGCAUCUUCCUGGACGAUUUCCCACAGCUGGGAAAGAAUCGCUGGGAAACGCCUUUUGGCAGAGUUGACGAGGAGUCCUUGCCAGUGCUACACAAGCUCUUCACAGGGUAUGGCGACAUGCCCCAGUGUGGCGGCACAGGCCCUGACCCAGUGCAAAUUUUGGAGCAGGGGAACGAUUACAUCCGGCAGAACUUCCCACAGUGCGACUUUGUUGAGUCGGCGGAGUGGCUGCAGUGA